GGAUGACAGAAAAGUUGGCAGUGGCGGUGAGGGUCGAAGCAGAAUACAGCGCCAGGACUGGUCACUGUGUGUGUAUGUGGGGCAGGUGGGGGGCCUCCACCUGCUGAAUGAACCCUGUCAGCAUCAGGGAGUACCAUGGGCUACGGGUGGGUUCAGCCCUGCUCAGCAUCGUGGCCGGCUGCAUCAUCAUUGGGGUGUCCAGGGAGUGUGAUGCCCAUGCUGUAGGAGGUAUCUUCCUGGGGGCAGGGGGCCUCGGCCUGCUCAUAUCGAUCUACCCCUUCAUAAAAGCCUGGCUGAACAUCAACCAUAUUCUUCCAUCCUUUGAAAACUUCAGAGUGCACCCAACGGCUGCCAAUCCCGCUCCUGAUCAACCGAUAGCAACGCUAAGACCAGAAGGGACUCAGAGUCAACUAAAUCUGGAACGUUCUAAGAGUUGUAUGGGAACGCUUGUGGAGGGUGGACCAAUGGCUGCGGCUAACCCAGCUGAGGGGACAUCUUCAGACAUGCCGGAUGUCUUAUCCAGACGAAAACUAAAGCAGUCACCUUCUGAUCAAGACCUGCCUUGAUGUCAUCAAAUGAUCUGACUGACCCAUAUUAUUCAAUUUCACCACUGAUAUUCUUUAUUGGCUUUCUUUCAAAUUUGAGACAAAAUAUGUUGAUUUAAAUCUCUGAUUGAUUGUUUUUUCUGUAGAUUUGUUGUAUCAGCUGUCCUAUUUGCUGAGAACACCUCAUGAUAUUGUACCUAUGUGGUCUGAUAAACAUCAGAAGAUUAAAUUGUGAUUGUUGGUGAAGCAUUUUCAUACUUCCUGACACUCGCUGAAGCAAAUCAAGUUUUGUAGUCCCACUCGUUUGCAUCUCAUCUCACCAAUUAAGAAAUUAUUAUGGUUGUUAUGUGAUGAUGGGACAAAUACACAAUAUAGCUGGCAUGUGUUU